UCUAAAAUGUAAAUUUAAUUGGACUUAAUUGAAAUCAAAUGUAUUGGUGUUGUUAUUAAAUACUGAGGAAAGGUUCGUAUGGCGGUAUAGAAUAAACAUUAGUUUCUUCCUGAAACUGUCAUGAGCUCGCGCUAUCAAAGAAAUAUCCAUGUCUACCGCUUAUCUAACUCAAGUAAUCGCCUUUAGAGUAGUAAUAGAGAAGAUCUUAAAGUGAACAGACGGUCUCUUGAUCAAGUUUGAUUCGGACGCAUACAUUCACGAAUCCUCUUCCUGAAGACUUUGCUGAACCAGUUUUGAACAAAUGCAUGAAGAGGAGGGACACUCGUUUUCAUGAAGAAAUACAGGUAAGGCAACUGAAAAUUUAUAUUUUUAAAAAGCUGCUCGAAACAUUUGUAUUUUCCAUUAGUAUACAAAAUUUUCCUCAAAUACUGCAUGUGUACUUGAAAAUUAUGAAUAACGUAAACGCGGCGUGACUUCUCGACAUUUUACAAGUUAACGUACCUGUGUUGUGGCGCAAAUGUCGCGUUCGUUUAUUACGGAACUUGUUUCAUCUUUGCAUUUUUCGUCAUAUACUUUAGAAAAGUGUAGAGAAAUAGUCCUCGAAAACAACACCCUUCUGAAAAGGUAAGAUGUAGCCUUUCUCCCUCAACCUCUGCGAUGGUUUUACCAUAAUUUUACAAAGCUUCAUCGAAUAGAUAGCAAACCUAUUACUAUUAUUUUUACUCAUCAGGGUGAACAACGGGGAUUUAAAAUCGAAAAACUGAAUUUAUAAAAAGGGAAAGAAGAUGUAUCAACCUUGAGUAGACAUGCAUCUCGGCUUCAUUCUAAUUCUCAUGUUUUGGUCUAAUAUAUAGUUUUUGUUUUGGCUACAUUUCACAUUUGUGAUAUAUAGUCAUGAUGAGCUUAGUAAGCCAGUGGAUCUGGGCUUUACAUAUUGUGAAGUUGCUGCUUUGCUUUGAAAAUGUAUGAAUAUCCUGAACAUUAAAAAUGUUAUCCUGACAACAUAUUUGUUAUUAUCUUUCCUGGAUGACGGAUUGACCCAUGGGAUUCCACAGUAAUAAGACUGACACUAAUCGCUAACAGUAUUUUUACCCCCUCACACCUUUUGUUUCUUUCUAGGCCUUGCAUAUAAUGAAAAUGAUAACAAGGGUGAUGCUACGGAACCUCAGAUAUUAUUUUGUGUCUGAUGGCUCGCAGAUGACAGAACAUUAAGUGAAGUGUCAUUCUAAAUUCAGGAAAAUGCAAAAAUACAUUGGAAAAGAGAAAUCUGCGUGAAGCUUAUCUACAGGAAUAAUGUUAAGCAGAAACCAGGGGCUCUUCUGCUUCUGUGUGUGGCUCCUGUGCUCUCAGUCAGUGUCCAGCAACAACCAAAGCUCUCGAGGCCCAACCGGUCGGUCUGAAGUUAAGCCGGGUACCUGUGAAGUGGUGGCAGCUCAUCGCUGCUGUAAUAAGAAUAAAAUAGAGGAGAGGUCUCAGACGGUCAAGUGCUCAUGUCUUCCUGGACAGGUUGCUGGGACCACCCAUGCUCAACCUUCAUGUGUAGAUGCGUCUAUCGUGCGGAUGAAGUGGUGGUGUCAAAUGGAGCCAUGCUUAAAUGGUGAAAAGUGUAAAGCGUUGCCUGACCUCACCGGCUGGUCCUGCAGCUCUGGGAGCAAAAUCAAAACUACCAAGGUCACGCGGUAAAGCAACGCUUCUGUGGACAUGUGAUGACAACUCAUAAUUUCACACGAGCAUAUUUUAAAAUCAGACCUGCAAAUGUCAACAAAAAUGCACGCUCGAGCAGAACCAUGUGAACCGUGAACAAAGACUGUGAGAAGAGUUUAAAUGAUGCAAGGCACUGGCUUCCAGGAACCUAAAUAUGUCUAGUUCAAAUUAAUUCUGUUAUUUUUAACUUUGUUCGUCAAGAAUCCUGAGAAAUAUCAUUAUUUCCAUAAAAAACAUUAAGCAGCAACUAUUUUUAACAUUGAAAAUAAUAAUAAAUGUUUCUUGAGCAGCAACUCAUCAUAUCAGAAGGAUUUCUGAAGGAUCAUGUGACUCUGAAGACUGGAGCCAUGAUGCUGAAAAUUCAGCUUUGCAUCACAGGAAUAAAUUACAUUUUACAUAUAUUCAGAUAGAAAAUGUUUAUUAUAAAUUCUAAUAAUAUUUCACAUUGAUACUGUUUUUACAGUUUUAUUUUUGUUUAUACAGAUUUAUUUUUGGUUGAGCAUAAACAGUAGUAUAUUUUCCAAAAUAUCUGGGCUUCACAGGAGAAAGAAAAGUCAUACAGGUGUUGAAGGACACAAGAGUAAGAAAUUGUUGAUUUUAUAUGCCUUUAAAUAUUUUGGGAAAUCACAGGUAUGUGUUUUUUUCUCUCUCUCCAUCUUGAUGAAACCAUGUUGCACUAACACGAAAAUCCGUUGUUCCCCAAAUUGUAACCAAGUUAACUCUGAUGUUGUUUUUGCGCCAGCAAAACUUUUUCUGGAUGUCUGAUUUAGACAAAUAUUAAGAUAAAGCCCUUACCAACACACACACACACACUGCCUGUCUCUUCAUUUUCAUUUGACUGACACACCACCUGCAAGUGGAAGCAAGUAAACAUAGAAUUUUGGAGCAAAACAAGCCCUGUUUGAUAUGGAAAUAGAACAGAGGAGUGUGACAGAGUGUGUGUGUGUGUUUAUCUGGAUGUGUGAGAAAGACAGAUGGAGAAUCAGACUAUGCUGGAGCCCAUGUGCUCCUGAGUUGUAGGUCAUUAUCAUAUUAGAGUUUAUUAGAAUUUUUAUGCCUUUUUUUUCCGGGUUUCAGUCAGCUUCAAAUUAUGACUGUAAAAACAGUGAAAUCAUUUAUUAGUUUGGUUACGCAAACACAUGUUGGAGAUCACUGCAGGUUCCAGUCACCGCUGACUGUUUUGAAUGAUUUAUCAUGGGGCUCAUUAAAACGCAUGACAAUUCCCUGAAUUAAUUUGGUGGUUCUAAAUGUAAAACUCUGGGAUUUUUUUGAAGUGUUAAUGAAUAAACAUUCAUUAUUGA